UAAUUUACUUCCUGCUUGCUACAAACUCCGUCAGAAGGACAUACCAGGGCUGUAUGUCAGCUCGCCACCCAUCUCCGGCUCCACCAUGUCAGGGAAGAUAAUGCUGCUCUGGGUGUAUGUGUUCCUUGGAAAAAGCGCUGGACAGAUGUACAUGGAGCGUCCGCAGUCUUGCAACCUGACAACUUCCGAAGAAGAGUUUGAGCUGACUCCCGCAGACGGAUGGUACAACAACCUUCUUCAUCCAAACUGGGGAGCUGUGGAUGGCCAGCUCCUUCGGCGCAGCCCCACAGAGUACAGUGACGGUGUGUACGAACCCUCGGGCACCACUCGACCAAACCCCUUCGACAUCAGCGACGCCGCACACAAUGGAACAAUUGGCUUGGGCUCGGAGAGAAGAAGGAAUGCUUUCAUGACAUUUUUUGGCCAACAAGUAGUAGAAGAAAUCAUGGAUUCCCAGAGACCAGGCUGCCCGAGAGAGUUCUUCAACAUCCCAAUUCCGAAAGACCACAAAUACGCAAAAGAACUCAAUGUUCCGGACCCUGAGAUGCCCUUCCUAAGAUCUCGAUACGACCAGAGCACCGGCUACUCGCCAAACAAUCCCCGACAACAGCUUAACGAAAUUACCCCCUUUCUUGACGGGAAUCUGAUGUACGGGUUCGCCAAGGCUUGGACGGACACGCUUCGAUCGUUUGAAGGUGGAGAGUUAAUAGCCAACGAUCCUGAUGCAAUCCUGACAGAAUCUAUACCGAAGAUAAACGACAUCCGACUUCCCAUGGCUAACCCCCCGGCCCCAGCACUCCACAUGCUGCGGCCUGUCAGCAGAUUCUACCGGCUUGGGAAUCCACGUGGAAAUGAGAAUCCUCUUCUUCUGUCAUUUGGGGUGAUGUGGUUCCGCUAUCACAAUUACGUCGCAAGAAAACUGGCUGAAGUCCAUACCACCUGGAAUGACGAGGAGUUGUUUAAUGCAGCCAGAAAGAGAGUAAUAGCCCAACACCAGAAAAUAGUCAUGUACGACUGGCUGCCAGUGUUUCUGGAAGUAAAGAAUAAUAACGGCUCUCUUCAGGCGAUGGAAAUCCCCAUGUACGAAGGCUACGAUCCACACGUCCACCCCGGGAUAUCCCAGGAGAUGCAGACAGCGGCCCUGCGGUACGGACACACCCAUGUGGUGGCGGGGGUUAAAACCAGGAACGUGCCGCAACAAGGUAGAUGUGAGGAGAGAAUGACGGCCGUGACCACUGCUGACGGACACAGGGCCAAAGGCAUCCGACUGUGUCAGGCGUACUGGAGGUCACAAGAAAUCUUAACAGAGGAGAAUAGUCUGAACAUGUCGGAGAUUAUGCGCGGUAUGGUGUACACUUUGGCCGAGCGGGAAGACCACAUCAUGGUGCCAGACCUCAGAGGUGAUCUGUUCGGCCCCCUCGACUUCUCCCGGCGAGACCUUGCUGCCCUCAACAUACAGCGGGGCCGAGAUCAUGGCCUCCCAGGCUACAACAAGAUCCGGGAAGCCUACAACCUGACAGCCCGCAACACGUGGGAAGAAAUAAACAAUUGCACCGAUUGCAACAUAGAUGAACUACGACCAAUAUUUCAAAAGUUGGCCACACUGUAUAAUUCCUCCCGACCGGACGAGCUGGACAUAUUUACUGGCGGCUUGCUGGAGACAACGUUUGAUGGUCCUGGACCCCUGUUUAAAGCCAUCAUGCUGGACCAGUUCCUGAGAAUCAGGACAGCGGACAGGUUUUGGUUCGAGAAUAAAAAGAACUGCUUAUUCACGGAUGAAGAAGUUACCGAUAUAAAUAAUACUACUAUGAGAGAUAUCAUAAGCUGGACAACGGGAAUACCGCUCAAUAACCUACCGGAAGACGUGUUUAUAUGUGAUGACAACGGUCCGAGUGGAUGCAAGGUGCCUAAAUCCGCCGAGUAUGAUGAGUGUUCCAACCUGCAGACAUUUGAUUAUUUCGAGAGCAGCCAAGUGUCCUUUGCUCUCACAUUUGUCGCUGUGGGACUGUUUAUUCCACUGACAAUCGGUGUCCUCGUCCUGAUGGCCAAGCAGAGGGAGAGGAGUAUUGCCGCCGCCAAGAGACGAACACCGGAAACAGGAGAAUCUGAUCCCAAUAAAUUUUCAGCCGUGGAGUGGGUCGGACCUAAGGCGGGAGAGAGGAACAUCAAGGUCUAUCUUAACCGGGAUCGGAAGAAGGUUGACGUAACAGACAAGACCGGGAAGACGCUUAGACUCAUAGACUUGCGCUACACUAAGAAGCCGGUCCACGUCCGGUUGUCCGAUGACAAAAACCUGGACGUCAUGUCCAUCAGGGUUCCUGGAGAAAUUGAUCUGGUGUUGAGAUUUACCAGCAUGGGAGAGAGACAGAAGGUGUUGGGCAACGUCGAAGCCUUCUUUCAAAGCAUCAGCAUCAACCGCGAGAAGCACGAGUUCAACGAGAUAACCAUCAAGAGGGAUGCAGAGACUUACGAAGACAGAAAAGUGAUGUUGGACAAGUUCUUCAGGGUGGUCUGUCUCCAGGCCUUCAGGAAGAAUGCUCGCGACAUGAACCUGGAGUCGCUUGACGCCAAGGACAUCAACGACAUCCGCAAUGUCAAGCUGACGAGGACUGAGUUUGCAGAAGCGCUGGGACUCCAACCCAACUCCAUGUUUGUGAGAAACAUGUUCCUCUUAGUGGACCGAUCCAGAGACGGCUUUGUAUCUUUCGAGGAAUUUAUGACAAUGUUUGUCACCCUCGCUUCAGGGAACGCUGAAGACAAAGCUCAGAUGUUGUUCAAUAUGUAUGAUCUCAAGAAAACCGGAAAGCUCUCCAGAAACCAGUUCGCAAAAAUGUUGAAGUCUAUGAUGGAUCUUGCGGACGCCAGUGUGGAGGACAUGAAGGUGAACCAGCUGCUGGAGACCAUGUUUGAACAGGCGGGCAUCAAGGGGAAGGAGAACAUGACGUUUGAGGAUUUCAAAAAGAUUUUUGCUUCCGAAGAACAUGGUGAUAUCCUCAAGAAAGCAACACUGGGGCUUGACGUGGACGGAGGGCAGAUUGACGAGCAGGUGGCCAAGGUACAUGGAAGCAGCAUUGCAGACAGAAGGAAGACUGUCGUAGGAAACUUCAGAUCUCAUUCCAUAAACCGCAAAGCCAAGAACCGCCAGACUAACAUCCGGGUGGGCACCCUGAAGACGCAGCCCCCGAUGACGCCCUUCGCCCAGAAGAUGUAUGAGUUCACACGUUACGUUGAAAACUACAGACUGCAAAUAUUCUGGGGGUCGCUGUUCACACUCGUCAAUAUUGGAAUCUUCGUAGAGCGUGCCUACUUUUACUCUGUGAACCGAGAACAUGCAGGCCUCCGCCGACUGGCUGGGUACGGGGUGUCCGUGACUCGGGGAGCCGCCUCCACCCAGAUGUUCACCUACGCCUUUCUGCUGGUCACCAUGAGUCGCAACACUCUCACCUUCUUCAGGGAGACGUUCCUCCAUCGGUUCAUUCCUUUCGAUUCAUUCCAUGCCUUCCACAAAUACGUCGCCGGCAUCGCCCUCGUGUCCACAGUCAUGCACGUGGUGGGCCACGCCAUCAACCUCUACCACAUCUCCACGCAAGCUUCCUCUGACUUGAACUGUUACUUCCGGGAAUACUUCAGAGCAACCCAUGUACUGGCAUCCUUCCAUUACUGGGCCUUUACAACGAUUACGGGUUUGACUGGAGUCAUUCUCACUUUAAUCGUCAUCAUCAUGUUCGUGUUCGCCACCGAGUACGCCCGACGCCAUCUUUUCAACGCCUUCUGGUUCACGCACAGCUUCUACAUCUUACUGUACAUCUUCCUCACCAUGCACGGAGCGGGGCGACUGGUACAGGACCCAAUCUGGGGCUGGUUCUUCAUCGGGCCGGUCGUCAUUUUCAUCAUUGACAAGCUAGUCAGUCUCAGUAGAAACCGAGUGGAGAUACCCGUCACCAAGGCGGAGAUACUUCCAUCAGGUGUGACUAAUCUUGUUUUUAAACGUCCCCUGAACUUUGACUACAAAUCUGGGCAGUGGGUCCGUAUCGCCUGUCUGGACCUCGGGAAGAGUGAGUAUCACCCCUUCACUCUCACAUCAGCUCCUCACGAGGAGACGCUGUCACUGCACAUCCGGGCAGUUGGACCCUGGACAAACAACAUCAGGAGGGUAUACGACCCCAACAACUCUUCCACCUUGCCAAAGUUAUUGGUGGACGGUCCGUUUGGCGAGGGCCACCAGGACUGGUACCGUUUCCGUGUUGCUGUGUUAGUAGGGGGUGGUAUUGGGGUCACGCCGUUUGCUUCCAUCCUAAAGGACAUUGUCAGCAAGAGCAGGAUGAAGGUCAAAUUCCCUUGCCAGAAGGUGUACUUCCUGUGGGUGACGAGAACACAGAAGGGUUUUGAGUGGAUGACAGACAUCAUUCGGCAGGUAGAAGGCGCUGACACGAACGAUCUGGUAGCAGUACAUAUCUUCAUCACACAGUUCCAGCAGAAGUUCGACCUCAGGACCACUAUGUUGUACAUCUGUGAGCGUCACUUCCAGAGGAUCGCUGGUCAGAGUCUGUUCACGGGGCUGAGAGCCACCACUCACUUCGGCAGACCCAAGUUUCAGGACUUCCUCGCGUCUCUGGCCCAUGAACAUGAAACGGCUCAGAGCAUCGGAGUGUUCAGCUGUGGAUCCCCGCCAAUGACGCUGAGCGUUGAAUCCGCGUGCAGCAGCCUCAACAAGCUUGAAGGACCAACUUACGUUCACCAUUAUGAAAACUUCUAAACAACGCCAUGACAAUGCUUCUUUUGUGUACAGUAUAUAUUACACAGGAUGUGUAAUACUAUAAUACUUCAAUGAACUAUUUGUGUAUUGAUAGCACAAAUCACACACACACACACACACACACACACACACACACACACACACACCUGUAUAUGAUUUUCUUUCAUCAGAUUUUAACCAUGCGUGUUAAUGUUUGCAUGUUUGUUUUCAGUACUAUUUUUACUCCCUGUUUUCGUCUUGAUUAAAUCACAAGAAGCGUGUCUGUAUGUUUGACGAGAAAGUAGAAGAUGUUUAGGUUGGUUGGUUUAGCAAAUAGUGCUGCUGAUUUAACCGUAGUCCCGCCCAGUGCAUGGGAUAACUAGAGUGACACAAUACAUCAACACCCAUGUGCCUAGUCAUGGCUUGAACUCGGAAUACCUCACUCACUCCGUCUGAGUAUGUAACCGCUUGUCACACACAGCAGGACACAUGCGUAUGUUGAUCUUUCCGAUUCAGAAAUAUAACUGCGGUACUCAUUCUGUUCUUCUCACUCACUAACUAGAUAAGUAAGAUAAAAAUUUCCAAAAUUGUGAAAUGUCAAUGCUUCAAUUGUUGUAGGAAACUAGAAUAGAUGAUUUUUGUGUACUGUGAUAUACUCGAUCACAUUUAUAACUUUCCAUCAACCGAAGUGUAACAUUUGUGUUGACAGACACGGACUAACAUUUAAUGUUUCCAAACAUGUGAACAAGUCUACCAGCUUUCCAUCCAAACUCGACACGGAGCAAAUUGUUUCACUACAUUUGUACCUGCUAACUCAGUUGAGGAUCAGUUGAGGGUUGGAAAAAGUCUUUCAAUUUUUAAAAUCACUGUGAAAAAAAGUCAAGACUUGACAAUGGUAACAUACCGGUCAUUCACGAGAAUCCACAACUGGCCGAUUCUCGCGCACCAAGUUGAUAGAGGUCCGUGUGUCCGAACAACUGUCUGUUCGGCUUGUCUGUUCGGCCAGCUGACCGAGGAGCCAUGACGAAGGGGCUUACCAGCAGCUAAAUGUGUUGAUAUCAAGUGUUCACAUCACAUGUAUAUAUAUUCCGUUUCAUAGAUUGUUCUAUACACGCUUGUAUUAAUGUUGUUGACGUGAAGUCGUGGCCCGACCGUCUGGUGUUUGGGUUGGAUGGUGUACACAGAGUAGUCGACGUGUAGCUGUGGUUAAAGCCAAGGCGUCAAGCGUGUAGCAUCAGCGAGUACAGGAGGAGGCAGAUGCAUUAUGUUUUCACUGAAAUAUCACUGUACACCAAAACAAAGUGAGGUUCACGUUUUUUGGGGGAAAUAUUCAUAAUCCCUUGCCUUUCCUUCAGAUUAGCCCUUGUUAUCUGACAAUGUAAAGUCUCGAUAAGAAAACCCUUUUGAAUAUGUAUUGAUAUCUCGAGACGGCGUUACAUAUCUUCACAGUGACUGGAAAACACUUCAUAUGAAGGAAAUACAUACAUGGUAUUAAAGCUGCUUGCUGACAAACACAUAUUACUUAAUUCUAUUAUCGCAUGCAGCCACUGUAGACAUAUAUGAUCUACUUCUCAGUGUUCUGAUAGCUCGGUAUUUCUUGCUUUGCUUCUUUGUGCCAGCUGUUAGUUUAAGACUAUGAAUACAACGAGACAGAAAGAUUGUUUUUUUCUUUCCAAUGCUUUAUGUUUUUUGAAAUAAAUGUUAUUAGAGUUUCA